AUGGACCCAUUCGCUCGCAUCGCGUGGCUUGAGCAGCAGAACCAGAUGUUGUUCAAUGACGGAGCCAAGCAAUAUGCUGAAGUUCAAAGGCUGUCCACUGCGCUACAGAACACCCAAAUGGAGAGAAUCGCAUCGCAUGAAGAAUCUAUCAGCUUGGCCCAAGAAAUUUCAAGACUGUUGCCUUUGCAAGAGAAGCUGGAGAAGCUGACGCGAAAGAGCGAAGACGAAAGGAAGGAAGCAUGCAGAUUGCGACUCGCGCUUGACGCUGCUGACAAGAAGAACAAGCAAUUAGAAGACGAGAAUGCGAAGUUGAAGACCAAAGAACCUGAAAAGGACGACUCCGGAUAUAUAUCGGACGGUUGGGAAAUGUAUCAAGAGUAUGAUUUAUUCGUCCCUGCGAAGAAACGAAAAUUGGGCGAGGAUACAAGGCAGUUUGUGUACGAGGAUAGAUUUGGUGAUUUUAGCUACACCACAAUCAGUGAUUCCGAAAGCGAGGACGAAGCAAUGCACGUGUUUGACGAGCACAUGAGGAAGGCGAUGGAAAAGCAUUGGGAUCUGAACUUGCAGCAGGAUACAAGGCUGGACCCGGGUGCCUUUGGGUGGUUGGAGGAAUGGUGCAAGGACAAUUUAGACCGAAUUGAGCAGCUUCGAGCGAAGGAAAGGAGUGCAAAUAAAAGAGAGGUAAGUAAUUUGGCGAAAGAGAAGGUGAAUAUCAAGCUGGAUAUUCGGCGAUUGGAGAAGCAGAUCAAGCAGAAGAACGAGAGGAAGAAGACGGUGUUGAGAAAGAUGCUGGUUUUGAGUGAUGAGGAAAAGCUUCAUGCCGAUGGAGGCCUGGCGGUCGAGAAGAAGUUGUUCUUGUUUUGCAAGGUCAUGGGUCGUCCAGAGUAUGAUUUUCGGAUGGGCCAUUACCCUUUUGUCAAGAAGGAGAGGGACCUUGUCAUGAGCGCCAUGAAGGUGCUACACGAAGAUGUAGUAGAAGCACCUAAAAGAGCGGACAAGAAGUUCAAACAUCGGAAUCCUUCGCCACCCAAAUGGCAGGUGCUGCAAACCCGGACAGAUUAUCGAGGCCGUCAAUCCAACUCUUUGGAGGAGCAGUACGUCAGUAAUGCGACGGAUGCGAGGAUGGCGUGUACGGCUUUGCAAACAAUGCUAUGGCUGUGGCAGGAAGGGCGUAUUGGCUGA